CAUCUUUCUCUCUCCAUCUGCCCGUCACUGCUGCUGUCCUUGGACUUUCUUCAGCACUGAGGACCGCAGUGUUAUUCUGGUGCAAUUUGUAAGCUCGAGAUGGUCUCGACGACUGCAACAAACGAGAGGUAUUGACAUUGAUUCGCACGGAACUGGCCCGGGCGGCGACAGCGUCCCAACGCGACAGAUGGAUGCCAUUGAGGAGACCGCUCGUGUGGUGACGUCGAAACCUGUUCAGCGAGCCGUUGUCAACACCGCCCUGCUGGUGUCUGGCGCUACCGUGCUGCUCUUGUCGGCGUCCCUCGCGACGGGACUGUUCUUUCAAAACUUUGUUCCCGAUCGAUUUGUAACGACACCAAUACACCUUCAAUAUGGGACUGCUCGCAACCCGUACGGCAUCGCAUCACUCGCCCGCCCACCAUUGCUGAAAUCCCAACAAGAAUACGACAUUUCUAUUGCGCUAUCAAUGCCACGAUCACCUGCGAAUACUAUGCGCGGCAACUUCAUGGUGUCAUUGUAUCUCCUUGCAUCAGAAGCGAAUAAGAAGCUGGAGCUGGACUCUCGCACCUUCGCCACUCACGACACCAAGAUCAGUGACCACACAAUCAUUUUUUCAUCAAGGAGAUCUGCCUUACUUCCUUACGUCGAUCCCAUUGUGUCAAUUGCGAACCGGCUCGUCUUGUUACUCUAUCAUAUGAUAUUUCCAAGCUCACAGACAUGCACAAUGACUGUGGCUCUGGCGGAGCGUCUUGAGUUCCCGAAAGACUCUGUGAUCCCCGCCUCCGCUUACCUGGAGGUUGAGGCCGGCCAAGACAUUCAGAUAUAUAGCACUACUCUGACUAUGACGGCCCAACUACGGGGACUUCGUUGGCUAAUGUUUCACUACCGGCUGGCCACCUACGUCGCAUUCACUCUCCUAUUUUGGGUUUGCGAGGUCAUUUUCAUGGCCUUGGCUUGGACGGCUUGGAGUGCCGUCACUGGUUCCAAGCAGGCUGGCAAAGCUCAUCAUCAUAUGUAUGACGACGAGAACAGUGACGACGGCGCGCCUGAACAGUCAUCCGACUACGCGCAUACGUUCCCCACGUAUGGAACCCAGCCGCCGCUGAAACACGAGCCAGCUGUCAAGGAGGAAGAUGUUGAACGACAUACACUUCGAAUAUCUGACAUACCUGUCGCUGGUGCUGAGGCCGACAAUGAGGAAGAUACCGAUGACAGUGGCGACAGAACCAGAUACGAUUCUGGUAUAGGAACAAGUUACGAUUCAGAGAGGCGUUCUACUGUGCGCAAGAGGCCUUCUCGAGGCAGGCUUGAUGGAUGAGCCUGCGGAUGUCCCAAUUUUCCCCAUGAGCUUGCUGGUUCUACCCUUUUUAUAGCAACAGAUACCCGACUUUAUCGCUUCAAUCUGUCGUGAUGCUUUAUGC